GUGGCGGGCCAGUGUUAGGCAACAAGGAGAGUUUGGGAGACUACGUGUGCUCUGCUACUUCUCGGCUUGCUUGUUGGUAUUGAGUGCAGCAGGCAGUUGAUUAAAUGAAUGUGGAGCUCCAGAGAAAGAUUAGGACCAGAGCUGGAGACUUGAAGGGCAUCAACAUCUAGGUUAGGCAACGAACUGCCCCUGGCAGUGGCUUCUACUGCUGACCUCGUACGCUGUAAGCUCUUGGAUGUAACUGGUGGCUUGGGCACUGACGAACUUAGACUGCUCUAUGGCAUGGCAUUGGUCAGGUGGUACCCAAAGGAAAAAGCCCCAUGUUUCCCUGUGUACGGGUCACCCUGGGAUUCCUUGAUGUGACAGGUUUGUUAUACCCUGUCAACAUAUAUUCCUCUUUUUCUUCACCUGAGAGCCUUCUCUCUUCCAUUUUUCUUGCCUUCUUUUUCUUAAGACUGCGGGGUGGGGGGCAGUUAACACCAAGUGAUCUCUAUGGGUCUCUUCCAGCUUUGGCAGGUUGCUUUCAUUCUCCCCGCCUUAACUCUUUCACCCGGAGGAACUUUUCUGAGUGGUUCAGUGCCCUGUCCCAUGAUUUCAUGUGGAUUUUUCAACUCUACCCCAGUGUUCGCCUAGCGCUACCCUUUUCCCCUUCUCCGAACGGUUGCUGAGUUGUGAAAGUGGAGACAUGGGCUGAGAGUUCCAGGCUUACAAAGUGCCUCAGAGGGGUUCUAGCUGUCUCAUGCACAUCAGGGAAAAGGCUGCUACUGAGUUUUCUCAUGUGUCAGAGAUUCUCAUCUCAUCCUAUUCCCCUUGUCUGCCUCGAGGUCCUUCCUGGCUCUUCUUACUUUCUCCGUAUCAUGUGAUAUAGUCCUUGGUUCUAGCACUUUAUAACGUACUAUGUUCUAGUAUAAUAUGCUGUUUUAUGUCGUGACUAUUUAUCCUACACUGAGUUCUUCGAGGCCAAAGCAGUGUCUUAUUCACCUGUAUGGCUUCAGUACAGGGCAGACUCUCAGUAAGUGCUGGACUGGAUGGAGCCAUCCCUGCUGUGCUGACACUAACCGUAAGAACAGGACAGAACAGUCAGUGGACAGGUUGUGAAAAUGCAAGGUGUCAGGAAAUCAGCGAGGGCUUUUGAAGCCCCACUGGUUUGAGUAAAACAGUUACUUGGGCUGUGCCACUCAUUUCUCCCCUAACCCCAGGUUUGUGAAUCUUAUCUCGGAGAGGAAGACAAAGUCUGCCAGGCUCCCCCUCAAGUGCCUGGCUCAGGAGGUGAACAUUCCAGAUUGGAUUGUUGAACUUCGCCAUCAGCUGACCCACAAGAAAAUGCCUCAUAUAAAUGACUGCCGUAGAGGUUGCUGUUUUGUCCUGCAAUGGCUCCAGAAGACCUACUGGUGCCGCCAACUGGAGAACAGCCUGAGAGAGGCAUGGGAGUUGGAGGAGGACAAGGAAGAGGCGGAUGAAGACAGCCUGGAGGAAUUAAAGAACACUCUCGAGGGCAUCACAGACCAGAAACCAAAGCCUGAGGAUGAGGAGAAAGGUGCAGAGCUGGAUGUCAGGGCUGGUGGAGACAGCCAAGGCGACAAGGAGAUAGAUGCGCAUUUGGAAAAGGCUCGGAGAAGUAAAGAGCUGUACGAAAGAGCCCGAGAACUACUGAUAUCAUAUGAAGAGGAGCAGUUUAAGGUGCUGGAAAAAUUUAGGUAUUUGCCUCAGGCCAUUAAGGUGUGGAAUCAGCUGGCUCCACCUAUAGACUGCAUCCUGGCAGACCUCAAGGGCAUUACAUGGGAGAACAGGGGCGUUGUGCUGGAUGCUUUCCUGGAUGAUGGCUUCCUCAUCCCCACAUUUGAGCAGUUGGCAGCUUUACAGAUAGAGUAUGAAGAAAACAUGGACUUCGAUGAUAUUGUGGUACCAAAGCCGUUCUCUCAGUUCUGGCAGCCCCUGCUCAGGGGCCUGCACUCCGAGGCCUUCACGCACGCCCUGCUGGAGAAGAUGUUCUCUGAGCUGUCAGCCUUGGGGAGCAAUGGGAUCCGGGCCACCUACAUCCUGAGAUGGACCGUUGAACUGAUCGUGGCCAACACCAAGGCUGGACGGAAUGCCCGCCGGUUUUCUGCAGUCCAGUGGGAAGCAAGGAAAAGCUGGAGGCUCUUCAACUGCUCUGCCUCCCUUGACUGGCCCCGGUUGGUUGAGUCCUGCUUGGCCUCACCCUGCUGGGCCAGCCCCCAUCUCCUUCAGCUCAUCUUCAAAGCCAUGGGGCAGGUCCUGCCAGAUGAGGAGCAGAAGAAGCUGCUGCGCAUCUGUUCCAUCUAUACCCAGAAUGGUAAAAACAACCUGGUGCAGGAGGGCACAGAGGCCUCCCCCGUUGCAAAGUCUGCGUACACACUAGACAGCCUGUAUUGGAGCCUCAAACCAGCUGCCUCCCUCUGCGGGCCUGCAGGAGCAGACCAGCAGCAGGAGGAGAAGGACAGCCUUCACAACGUCAAUGAACAUGAGGAGGAGGAGAAAGAGGUCAUGGAAGACCAGGUAGAAGAGGAGGAAGAGGAGAAUGUUGACCAAGGGAAGUGGGAGGAAGAGGAAGAUGAAGAUGACGAAGACGAUGAAGACGAGGAAGAAGAUGACAGAAUGGAGGUGGGGGUUCUCUCUCUGGUGGAGUCGUCCCCCAGUGCCGAGAGUGCCAGGGUCCUGGCCCAGAAAAGAGAAGCUUUGCAGGGCUCUCCGUGGCAAGUGAGCUCCGAAGACGUGCGGUGGGCCAACUUCCCCUUAGGCCUCAUGCCGGGUCAGACUGAGGACCCAGCAGAGCUCAUGGUGGAGAAUUAUGAGACCAUGUAUCUUUUGGACCAGCCUGUGCUAGAGCAGCGGCUGGAACCUCCAACAUGCAAGAUGGGCACCCUGGCCCUGACCUGUGGCAUCGGCAGUGGCAACUGUAGCAACGGCAGCAACGACCUGGAGGGCCUUCUCUGGAGCCAGGGCCAGCUGCAUGGGCUCAAAACUGGUCUGCAGCUCUUCUGAUGUCCGCUUUAGUCCCCCCUCCUGUUGUACCUGAUGUUCCCCCAAACCUCCCGGGAGCCAACCCUUGUCAGCCACAUCAAUUCAGUGUUCACCCCAAUGUUAUUUUGAUUGGUUUUGUUUGGUUUUUGUUUGAAAUACAAUAAACAAGCCAUUAUU